CUUAGUUUUCCCCAGUCACGUUCUCUUCUUACGUUUACCCAGAAUAACCACUUAAGGUGUGUACACAGCUAAUUUCUGUAUUUCUAUAGACAUCACAUAGAUAGUAAUCUAAUUCUUUUUAAGAUUUUUUUUUCCCUAAGUCAUCUCUGUAACCAGUGUGGGGCUCAAACUCCCAACCUUGAGAUCAAGAGCUGCCUGCUUUUACUAUCCGUAGUUUUUCUAUACUUUGCUUAUUCAAGGUCACCUUUGAGGUCCGUUCAUGUGAUAAGUUCAUUUCCUUUAGCCCCCUGUUCAUCCGUUUUACGGAUAUGCUUAGAAGUUCCCCCACCCCCACCAUUUUUAUUAUUCUAGGGAAAUCUGUUGGACCUUGUAAUUUCAUUUUGUGCAUACAUAUAAAUGUUAUCUAGACGCGCCCCUGAAAGGAGAGAUGCUGAGUUUUAGGGUGCAUGUGUGUUUGCAGUAUGACCAGCGCUGCCAUGUGGCUCUUGGAGAGGGCAAUGCACAGCCCGUCUCCGCCUCUGCUGCCAGGUGGCAUGUCAGGUCUUUUAAUUUUUGAAUUGCUCAAGACCAAAAUGAUAGAUUGUAGUACUAUGUGUUUCAUUGAUUGCUAGUGAGGGGGUGUAUCUUUACAUAUUGUUACUGAUCAUCUGUAUUUCUUCUCCCUGUAUCUCUCUCCCACUCCUAGAUCUGUGUAGACUCUGACCUGUUGAUAUGUAGGCAUUUUAUAGACAUUCUGGAUCCUGAUUCUUUGCUGUGUGCAAAUGGUCUCCCACGCUGUAGCUUGUCUGAACUCUGGUGGUCUUUGUCAGUCCCACGUUUCCCGUGUCUGUAUUUGUUUAUAGCUAGUGUUUUUGUGUCUUGUUUAAAGAACUCACAUGUUUUAAAAAAAAAUUCUAUCUUGUCCUAUUCCAGGCCUUCUCUUAAAUGGCGGGCCUCCUGGAGCAAUUGCUGUGUGUUCACAUUUGAUGAAUUCUUGUUCUUUCAGAGACCCUCUUGUGUCAUCCUGAUCUAUACUGAAACCCUCCAGUCAGAGAAUUGGAAUUACAGUUCAGUGAAAGUAGGAUUGUAGAUGCUGCCAGUAUUCUGUGUACUUCGGUGCUUGUGCUGCACACGUUCCUCGUGUAUCCAGGGCUCCUCUGGCCUCCUGAUUGGCCUUCCUCUGUGCGUGUGUGUGUCUGUCUGUCUGUCUGUCUCUCCCUCCCAACAAAUCCCUCUAAGCGCCAUGGACCUGCUUGGGCCAGGAUCCUCAGGUUGGUUGUUUCCAGUUUCCCCGGCAUGCAGCUGGCUGUCAAGCCACAGACUCCUGCCCCACAUCUGUGAGGUUUCAGCUCCCGGCGCACUAGUCACCUGAGCAGUCAGAGAACUCGUACCCUCCUGUGUCCGAGCAGGCUGGAGGCGGUGUUGCCUGAGUGAACCAGUGACUUUCAAAGACGUGGCUGUGGACUUCACCCAAGAAGAGUGGGGGCAGUUGGACCCUCUUCAGAGGACCCUGUACCGUGAUGUGAUGCUGGAGACCUAUGGCCAUCUGCUGUCUGUGGGGAAUCAGAUUGCCAAGCCGGAGGUCAUCUGUCUGUUGGAGCAAGGAGAAGACCCGUGGUCAGUGGAACAAGCACAUCCUCAGAGCACUUGUCCAGAGUGGAUGAGAAAUCUUGAAAGCAAAGCAUUGAUCCCAACACAAAGCAUUUUUGAGGAAGAACAAUCCCAUAGCAUGAAGCUGGAAAGAUACAUUUGGGAUGAUCCUUGGUUCUCCAGGUUAGAAGUCUUGGGAUGUAAAGAACAGUUGGAAAUGUAUCACAUGAACCAGAGUACAGCUAUGAGGCAAAUGGUCUUCAUGCAAAAGCAAGUAUUGUCUCAAAGAGGUUCUGAAUUCUGUGGACUUGGAGCAGAGUAUAGCCAGAGCUUAAACGUUUUUCCAUCUCAGAGAGUUUCUCAAAUAGAACAUUUAUAUAAGCCUGAUACAAAUGCUGAAAGCUGGCAGUAUAACUCAGCCAUAAUGUAUGCAGAUAAGGUCACCUAUGGAAAUCAUGAUUAUGACAAAACUUUCUACCAGUCCAUACAACCUAUUCAGCCUGAAAGGAUGCAGUCUGGAGAUAAUCUUCUCAAAUGUACUGAUGCUGUUAAAUCUUUCAAUCAUAUACUACAUAAGGGGAUGCAUACAGGAGAAAAGCUCUAUGAAUAUAAGGAAUGCCAUCAAAUCUUUAACCAGAGCCCAUCAUUUAAUGAACACCCACGACUUCAUAUUGGAGAAAACCAGUAUGAUUACAAAGAAUAUGAGAAUAUCUUUUAUUUUUCAUCAUUUAUGGAACAUCAAAAAAUUGGUACUGCAGAAAAAGCAUGUAAAUACAAUGAAUGGGAGAGAGUCUUUGGGUGUGACUCGUUCCUUACUCAACAUGCAGGCAGCUACGCCUCAGAGAGACCCUAUGAAUGUAAUGAAUGUGGAACAUCUUUCAUCUGGAGCUCCUACCUUAUCCAGCAUAAGAAAACUCAUACUGGAGAGAAACCCUAUGAAUGUGAUAAAUGUGGAAAAGUAUUUAGAAAUCGUUCGGCCCUUACUAAACAUGAACGGACUCACACUGGAAUAAAGCCCUAUGAAUGUAAUAAAUGUGGUAAAGCCUUCAGCUGGAAUUCUCAUCUUAUUGUACAUAAGAGAAUUCAUACAGGAGAAAAACCUUACGUAUGUAAUGAAUGUGGGAAAUCUUUCAACUGGAACUCCCAUCUUAUUGGACAUCAGAGAACUCAUACUGGAGAGAAACCUUUUGAAUGUACUGAAUGUGGGAAAUCUUUCAGCUGGAGCUCCCAUCUUAUUGCCCAUAUGAGAAUGCAUACUGGAGAGAAGCCCUUUAAAUGUGAUGAAUGUGAAAAAGCUUUCAGGGAUUACUCAGCCCUUAGUAAACAUGAAAGAACUCACUCUGGAGCAAAACCAUAUAAAUGUACUGAAUGUGGAAAAUCCUUUAGCUGGAGCUCCCAUCUUAUUGCCCAUCAGAGAACUCAUACAGGAGAGAAACCCUAUAACUGUCAGGAAUGUGGCAAGGCAUUCAGAGAACGCUCAGCACUCACUAAACAUGAAAUAAUUCAUUCUGGAAUCAAGCCUUAUGAAUGUAAUAAAUGUGGAAAGUCCUGCAGCCAGAUGGCUCACCUUGUUAGACAUCAAAGGACUCAUACUGGAGAAAAGCCCUAUGAGUGUAAUAAAUGUGGGAAAUCCUUCAGUCAGAGCUGUCACCUUGUUGCUCAUCGGAGAAUUCACACUGGUGAGAAACCCUAUAAAUGUAAUCAGUGUGAAAGAUCCUUUAACUGUAGUUCUCACCUUAUUGCACACCGGAGAACUCAUACUGGAGAGAAACCAUAUAGAUGUAAUGAAUGUGGGAAAGCAUUUAAUGAGAGUUCUUCCCUUAUUGUUCAUCUAAGAAACCAUACAGGAGAAAAACCCUACAAAUGUAAUCAUUGUGAGAAAGCUUUCUGUAAGAAUUCAUCUCUCAUCAUUCAUCAGAGAAUGCAUAGCGGAGAGAAACGCUUUAUAUGCAGUGACUGUGGAAAAGCCUUUAGUGGUCACUCAGCCCUACUUCAGCAUCAGAGAAAUCAUAAUGAAAAGAAACUGUGAAUUGAAUUGAUGAGAGAUUUUCCUUUUAUCGUACAUUUGGCAACACACUGAAAAAAAAAACCUUUAAAUAUAAUCAAGAGGACAAAUUGUUUAGUAAGAAUUCAGGAAGACUUCUUUUUAUUAUUUGGUAGAAAAUAUCUCCUUAGAAGAAAUCUGCAAAUGAAAAGAAUAGAACAAAGCUUUCGCAGUUAUGUAGCCUUUACUUAACAUCAGAGAAUUACAGUGAAGAAAACUGUAAAAUCCCCUUAUGGUCCUACUAGAUUCCUACCAGGAAUCCUACUUGAGGAACAUGAAUAUAGGGAAUAAGACUUCUUUCAGUAAGAGAUCUCAACUGAGAUCUGAAUUUGUGGAUCAUAGUACAUUGUUAAGGGGAAUCUUACUCUAGGGAAAGUUUUUCAACUGAAAAUACACCAUUUUGAACCAAGCUGAAAUAAUGGAUAGGAAGAUUUAUAAUAACAUCUUGUGCAUAAUUAUGGAAAUACAGUUUGCUGUUAUAAAGGGAGGAUGCGGGUGCUGCAUUUAACAUGAAAUAAUGUGAAUUUAAGAAAAAAAUUAGUAUUGAAUGGGAUAUUUACUGUUGAUCAAGAUUAACCUUAGAAAAGAUUAGUAAAUGAGUUUACUAAUGGUGAAUGAUUAAUACCUAGAAGUAUGAGACUGAUGUUGUUGGAACAAAAGAUGACAGUUUAUGACCCAUUGUAUCAGUGUCCAUGGUUUACUCCUGAUUGCAUCGUUGGACAACUCAUGUGUAAUCUGUUUUAGGCAAUCACUAUACGUUACCAUUGUGGACACUGCAUCAAUAUACAUAAUGUUAAGGAAUGAAAAGGACAUGAAAUUGUAUAUACAUAUCUAUUAUAACAUCUAAAAAAUGUAUAUGGAUAAGGAUUGGAAGGAUCCAUGGAGAAAUUAACCCUGUUAACUUAAGAUUUUUUAAAAAAGUUUUACAAACACAUACAGCACAUAUGUGCUAGGCUUUGUUUUAAGUGCUUUUCACAUGUUAACUUGUUGAAUCUCCUUAAUUCUCUGAGAUAGGAAGUAGUAGUAUUCCAGUUUUACAAAUGGAGAAACUUAUGCAGAAUGUUGAGAAACCUACCUAAGGACACACAGCUGUUAAGGAUUGGAACUGAGAUUUUUGGCUCUAGAGUCAUGUUUUUAACUACCAUGUUAUGCUGCCUCUCCAGUGAUUUUUUCCCCUAAAUCUUUUCUUUUGUUCAGUUUUCUACAGUAGCUAACUUGAUAAUAAAAAUCCAGAAAUUCCUAAACAAUGAGAAAUAAAGUUACCUGGCUCUCUGUCCUGAA